UUAGGUGCGGUGGCGGGGCGGCAGCGUCCCGGAGCGCGCCGUGCUAGUAUUACGCAGCGUACGCCUGCUGCUUUGCGUGCGCGCCCAUGAUGUUAAUAAAUCCCCGCCGUGCGUGCCGGAGCUAGCCGCUAUAUCAGCUGCCCGGGGGGAGCUGGAGUGCGACGCCGAUGUGACGCGGCUACAGUGCUGGCGACACCGGCCGGGCAAGCAGGCGGGCAGAGCCUCCUCGCGUUCGCGUCCGCUCAUCACCGCCACCAUCAUCAACAUCUAUCCCCUCAGCGCCCCCCGUGUCCCGCUCGCGCCCCGGCCCCCGGCCGCUUCCGGUUCCGCAUUUGGCUGCUGGCUACUUGCUUCCUUCGCCAUUCGUUGCAGCGAGCUCCGAUCCGCGCUAGCUGGAGAGCUAGCUAGCUGAGGUUGAGGCAAGAGAUCGAGGUGGUUCGGGUGAUGAUGCCACCGUUGCUCAUGGGGAGGGGGAGGCCGGGGCGGUGGCGGUGGCAGGGGAGGUCCGCCCGGAGCCUCGGCGUCGUCGCCUGGGCCUUCGCGGUGGCCGCGGCCCUCGUCGUCUCCCUCUGCUUCGUCGGCGGCGCGCUCGCUUCGGAUCUCCGGAGGAAGACGGAGGAAGCGGCGGCGGCAGGAGCCCACCCCGGUGAUCAGGCGGUGGUAACCGAGGUGCGGGAGGCGGUGUACUCCUACGCCGGCCGGCGGCUGCUGUCGGGUGGUCCGGGGUCACACCCGCCGCGGUGCACGUCCAAGUGCGGCAGCUGCAGCCCCUGCUACCCGGUGCACGUGUCCGUGCCGCCGGGGGUGCUCGUCACCACCGAGUACUACCCGGAGGCGUGGCGGUGCAAGUGCCGGAACCAGCUCUACAUGCCGUGACUGAGCGCGCGGCUCGCCGUCACAAGCCCGUCCGGCGCGUGAACAACCACCCCAACAAGCGCGCGCGGGAGGCGAGGACCAGCCUGAACCACGGCGCCUGCCCACACGGCGAUCGUGGCGCCGGCCGC